UUUCCUGUCCAUAGCACACAGAUAUCCUGGAGCAACACAGACUCAGAUCUAAGAGCUGACUAUGCCACUAUACAAACUUCUUGGAUGGCUGAAUGCUGUGGCCUGUGGGGUCCUGCUUCUCGUUCUGCAUGUGCAAGGUCAGGACUCAGCCAGCCCCAUCAGGAACACACACACAGGCCAGGUGAGAGGCAGCCUUGUCCACGUGAAGGACACUGACAUCGCUGUUCAUACCUUCCUGGGAAUCCCCUUUGCCAAGCCUCCUGUAGGACCACUGCGCUUUGCACCUCCUGAGGCCCCUGAGCCAUGGAGUGGGGUGAGGGAUGGGACCUCACAUCCAAACAUGUGUCUACAAAAUGACAAUUUGAUGGGUUCAGAGGAUCUGAAGAUGAUGAACUUGAUCCUGCCUCCCAUCUCUAUGUCUGAGGACUGCCUGUAUCUCAACAUCUAUGUACCAGCCCAUGCCCAUGAGGGUUCUAACCUACCUGUGAUGGUAUGGAUCCAUGGUGGUGCACUCACUGUUGGCAUGGCUUCCAUGUAUGAUGGAUCCAUGCUGGCAGCAACUGAGGAUGUGGUGGUGGUCGCUAUCCAGUACCGCCUGGGUGUUCUGGGAUUCUUCAGCACUGGAGACCAGCAUGCCAAAGGCAACUGGGGAUACCUGGACCAAGUGGCUGCCCUUCGUUGGGUCCAGCAAAACAUUGUCCACUUUGGAGGCAACCCUGACCGAGUCACCAUUUUUGGAGAGUCAGCAGGUGGCACAAGUGUGUCUUCACAUGUUGUGUCCCCCAUGUCCCAGGGACUCUUCCAUGGUGCCAUCAUGGAGAGUGGAGUAGCUGUGCUCCCUGAUCUUAUCUCCAGCUCCUCUGAGAUGGUUCACAGAAUAGUGGCCAAUCUAUCUGGCUGUGCAGCUGUGAACUCAGAGACCCUGAUGUGCUGCCUAAGAGGCAAGAAUGAAGCAGAGAUGCUGGCUAUUAAUAAGGUCUUCAAAAUCAUCCCUGGUGUGGUGGAUGGAGAGUUCCUACCCAAGCAUCCUCAGGAGCUGAUGGCCUCUAAGGAUUUUCACCCUGUCCCCAGCAUCAUUGGUAUCAACAAUGAUGAAUAUGGUUGGAUUCUUCCUACGAUCAUGGACCCAGCUCAGAAAAUAGAGGAAAUAACCAGAAAGACCCUGCCAGCUGUUCUAAAAAGCACAGCCCUAAAAAUGAUGCUGCCUCCUGAGUGUGGUGACCUGCUAAUGGAGGAGUACAUGGGGGACACUGAGGACCCAGAGACUCUGCAAGCACAGUUCAGAGAGAUGAAGGGGGACUUCAUGUUCGUGAUCCCUGCACUACAAGUAGCACAUUUUCAACGUUCCCAUGCUCCUGUCUACUUCUAUGAGUUCCAACAUCGACCCAGCUUCUUCAAGGAUUUCAGGCCACCCUAUGUGAAGGCUGACCAUGGUGAUGAAAUUUUCCUUGUCUUUGGCUACCAGUUCGGUAACAUAAAACUUCCUUACACUGAGGAAGAGGAGCAACUAAGCAGAAGGAUAAUGAAGUACUGGGCCAACUUUGCACGGCACGGGAACCCCAACAGUGAGGGUCUACCCUACUGGCCUGUGAUGGACCAUGAUGAGCAGUACCUGCAGCUGGACAUCCAGCCUUCUGUGGGUCGAGCCCUGAAGGCCAGAAGGCUGCAGUUCUGGACCAAGACUCUGCCCCAGAAGAUCCAGGAGCUAAAGGGGUCUCAGGAGAGGCACAAAGAGUUGUAGUGCCCUGUGUGAAGAAAGGCAUGUGGGCUUCAUGUCUGAGGUUUGGAAAGCUUUUUGACCCUACCAUUCACACAACCAUUCCUAACACAUACAGUUAUCCAUUUUACCAAUUUAUAUGACAAACCCUUUACAUGUCACUCCUUCACAAAAUGCUGACAAUCUCUUGUUAGAGCCACUCAAUAAAAGCUUCUGUAACAAUGUGGAAUAUGGAUGUAGGAGCCCCAAGUUCCCAUAGUCUCCACAAGUUCUGAAUGCUGUUCCAAGUAGAUCUCAAACUACCAGCAGGUCUUGGGAUCUAGUGGACCUGAAUAUUUAGAAACUAAGUCAGGGAUGUUGCAUGAGCCUAGUAGUUCCAUACCACCAUGGACAACAUAGCAAGACCUGUAACUCAAUAACAGAAAUAAUCACUAGCUGGGUAACUUGCAAACAACAGAAAUGUAUGUAAAGUUCUGUGGUAUGAGAAAUAGAGGGUGAGAAAAUGAACUUGAGCCAUACAGUCUUUCAGGGCUCAGCUACUAGACCUCUGAUGUCAGCCACUGAACAUUCCAGCUACUAAAAACUGUGUCCAUUGUCCCUAUAGAGGAAAUCGCAUCCUUUCCAAAUUGCCAUUAUCUACUUUUGUGAAAAGCUUGACUUGGUAUGUUUAUAGACACCUCAAGCAAGGCCAAGAAUGGGGGUUGACCAGCAGGCCCAAGUAGGCUUUCUCUAAUAACAAAUUGCUUUUACGCACAGGGAUUCUGCAGACACUGUGAAGCCCACAUUUAUGUGAACAUAACACAUCUGCAAAGAUCUUUGGCUAUGAUUGUGUUCUAGAGAUGAUAUAGAAGAGAAAAGAAUCCCCGGAUAUGUAUAGCAGAAGAGAUUUCUGUCCUUGGCACCCUGAUGGCUUCUCCAUGUAUGGAAGUGACUUCUUGCCUUUCAUAAAAUCCUAAUAAAACCCAUCUUUUCAUGGCAUUUC